AUGGCAAAGGGAAGCAAAUUGUUGUCCGCUCUGGAUAACUACAAGGGCGUCAACCACAAGCUCGAACACCAGAAGAAACAGCAAAAGGCCGCCGAGAAGAGAAAGAGAUCGAGAGCAGAGGAUCAAGAAGAUGAGGCUGUUCUUGAGGACGCGAUAAAGGAGGCUGAGAAGACUGUGUUGGCUUCUGGCAAGAAGGACAAGAAGGGCGCUAAGCGCGCAAAGGUUGAGGCAGAGGAGAAUGAUGAGGAAGAGUCUGGUGCUGAGGAGUGGGAGACUGAUGAUGAAGAUAAGACGCAUGCCAGAAACAUUGCAAGACUGGUCGAGGACGACUCCGAAGACGAAUCCGACUCUGACGACGACGACGACAUCAACGGAGGCGCCGAGCUGGACGACGAGGAUGAGGAGGACGAUGAAGAUGAAGAGGAUGUACCGCUCUCAGACUUGGAAUCCGUCGCAUCAGAGGACAAGGGCGACAUCAUCCCGCAUCAACGCCUUACCAUCAACAACACCGCUGCUCUCCUACGCGCCGUAAAGUCCUUCGCUCUCUCUUCCAAGCUCCCCUUCUCUGAGAACCAAGUCAUCAUCAGCGACGCCCCCACCGAUAUUCCCGACAUUGACGACGACCUGAACCGCGAACUUGCCUUUUACAAGCAAUCUCUGGAUGCCGUUACCAAGGCUCGCGGUCUGCUCAAGAAGGAGGGUGUACCAUUCUCCCGUCCCGCAGAUUACUUUGCCGAAAUGGUCAAGAGUGACGAGCACAUGGGCAAGAUCAAGUCAAAGUUGGUCGACGAAGCAGCAAGCAAAAAGGCCUCCGCCGAAGCAAGAAGACAGAGAGAUCUGAAGAAGUUCGGAAAGCAAGUCCAAGUCGCCAAACUGCAAGAGAGAAGUCGCGAGAAGAAGGAUACCAUGGACAAGAUCCAACUUCUCAAGAGAAAGAGAAAGGGCGAGGACAUCGGCAACGCAAACGAAGACGACAUGUUCGACGUCGCCCUCGAGGAUGCUGCAGAGACGGAACGCAAGGACAAGGCUGCUCGCAAGAGCGGCGGUUCCUCAGAUGCCCGCGGCGGCAAGAGCGGCUUCAAGCGUGUGAAGCGUGACGAAAAGUACGGUUUCGGAGGCAAGAAGCGCUUCUCCAAGAGCAACGAUGCCAAGUCGAGCAGCGAUAUGAGCGGCUACUCGUCAAAGAAGAUGAAGGGUGGAAAGAAGGCUUCAAGACCUGGAAAGAGCAGGCGCGCAAACAAGGCUUAA